AUGGGGAAGAGGAAGUUGAAGACCUCCAAGUCGAUGGCAGCGCCCAGGAAGCUGCUGAAGCUGGACACGCUGUUCACCUGCCCGUUCCGUGGCUACCCCGACGCCGUCGGGUGCCACAUUGACCUCAAGGACAGGAUCGCCAAGGCAUCGGACUAUAUGGGCUCGUCCCGGGCAGCCCGGGACCUAGAUCUGCCCCUGCGCAUCUGCAGCGAGAGCUACUUCACCAGCGCCCACGUGCUCACGGCGGCCGUCGACGUCUACUGCGAGUGGAUCGACGCCUGCAAGCUCGCCAACGAGGGCGUCAUCGACCGCCGGUGCCGGCCGCGCCUGGUUGAAGCCUGA